AAUGGAAUGGUAGAGGUUAUGUUUUUAUUGACAAGGACCUAGAUAGGCGAACAGAAAUUGUGUUUUAUUAAUUGCAGAACUGGCGAAAAAGGUAAUAAUUUCCCAGGUAGUUCAUGUUAUUAAUCAGAAUUUUGCAACAUUCACGUAAAAUCACAAAAACGGAUCUUAGAAGAAACAUAUCCGCAAUGUCAACACUCAAAGCCAUAUGGGAUUGUAUGUUUACUCCAAGACUAAUAAAAAUUUACGGAGAUGGACUACCAGAAAGACUGUACGAGCCGUCAACAAUGGAACACUGGAGUGAUACUGUAAUUCGUUCGAUACAGAUGAUAUGGAAGUUAGGAGUGUACACUUCACCACUGAUAAUAGGAGUACUUUAUCGUAAAGGUUUUUUCGAAGCUGAUGGCAUAGUGACGUUAAGCAAAUUUGCAACAAGUAUAGGCGUAAUUCUAGUGGUGUCAUUUUGUAUUAGAGGCAUAAAUAGAGCUCUGAAUCCGACAUAUCACGACUUUAUUGAAACAUUACAAACUGCACAAACGAAUAUGACACCAAAAAUAAAGAAAGCCCUCUCGAUGUACGAAUUUGAAUUCUUUGCGUGGCCUGUCGAGUACAGCUGGAAACAUUUGAAUGGAGAUGUGACAAAAACUCGUAUUCAAAUUUCACCACCUGUUGUAAAUCGUAGUUCACUCCAGUCCAUAGUUCGUAUACCCUGCCAAAUACUGGGGUAUUUAGCCGUUCAUACUUUCGGUAUUAGACUGAUUUAUCCCGGAACUAUUUCCGUUUUGCAAGUAAUUUUAGAAACUACUCUGCUUCAAGGAAGGGCAAGGUUAAUACAAGUUAAUAAAGGGGUUCGUUCUAAAUUAGGUACAAUGGAAAACAAUGAAAUUGAUACUAUGUUUGUCGACAAUAGAAAUGUUACCGGCAAUGGUAGCACUUUGGUCAUAUGUUGUGAAGGUAAUGCGGGUUUUUACGAGAUUGGUAUAAUGGGAACCGUCCUAGAAGGCGGAUAUUCUGUACUUGGGUGGAAUCAUCCAGGAUUUGCAGGCAGCACGGGUACACCAUAUCCUGAUCAAGAACAAAACGCAAUAGAUAUCGUAAUGCAAUUUGCCAUUAAUAAACUGGGAUUUAAAGUACAAAAUAUUAUAUUAUUCGGAUGGAGCAUUGGCGGUUACUCUGCAAGCUGGGCCGCUAUGAACUAUCCCGACGUUAAAGGCGUCGUUUUAGAUGCGACGUUUGACGAUGUCUUGCCGUUGGCCGUUAAUCAAAUGCCUGCGUAUUUGGAAUCAAUUGUCAAAUUGGCAAUUCGAGAACAUGCCAACUUGCACAAUUACGAACAAUUAUCAAAGUACCCCGGACCUAUACUACUUAUUCGGCGCACCGAAGAUGAAGUUAUUAACAUAAAGGAGGGUGAUUUGUCUUCAAACCGUGGAAAUCAUUUACUAAUCAAAUUGAUGCGUUUUCGAUAUCCGUUGAUUUUUGAGGAGUCGCAAAUAAGCUUGGCAAAGGAGUAUUUGUCAACAACACUGACAGCACAAGAUCAAAUUGUGCAGCGAGUUGGCAUAAACUCGGAUCUCUGUAGAUCAUUAUUGGAGUCCUACAUUUCAGAACAUUCAAAAUCUUAUCCUUUACGAAUCGGCGAUAGUAUGCCCACAGAACAGAAAAACCAAAUGGCUUUGUAUCUUCUGCGCAAACAUAUGAAAGACUACAAAUCUUCGCACUGUACGCCUUUGCCAGUUGACAUGUUUCAAGUACCUUGGGAUAUUAACGUAGAAAACGAUUUUGUAUUUACUUAAUUUGUGUAAUUUAUUUUUGUAUUUAAUAGUUAGGUCGAUGAUUUUGGGGUCCCUGGUAUCAUGCCCUCCCUUAGUGAUGCUUUAUAUGGUAGGUACCAUUCUUUCUUGAAGACUGCACCCAGUUUUACUUCUCUUCAUUGUGUUGAUGUUAUGGAAUUAAAAUUGUCAUUGAUU